AUGGAUCCUCAGACCACCGCAGCCACCGAGGAAGCGAAAGAAGAGGAUUACGCCACAGAAAUCCACGAACAAGAACGCAAAGCUCAAGAAGCCAUAUCAGCUCUUCCUGAAGAAGAAAAACAAAGGCUCCAGCCAGUCUUAGAUUUGCAAAAACAAAGAGAUUCUCUUUACCUUGCAUAUCUCGACGAGUUGCGUGCUUUAGAAAACAAAUACGACUCCCUUUAUGCGCCUCUCUACGUCCAAAGAUCCCAGCACACCAAACAAAUUGCAGGGUUCUGGCUGAAAGCUUUACGGUCUAACCCAAUGACAUCGACCUUCUUAUAUGAACAAGACGAUCCUCUUCUCCAGCAUUUAGUCGAUAUUCGCUGUUUUGAAGACCACAAAUCAGAGAACUUCAAGCUCGAAUUUGAGUUCACUCCAAACGAGUUCAUGGAAAACACAAUCCUCACAAAAGAUUUCACUGUCAAUGGUGAUGAGCCAAUAAAAACAGUUGGGACUGAAAUCCACUGGAAAAACGACAAAAACCUUACACAAAAAAUCAAAAAAACCAAGAAAAAAGGGAAAAAAGGCAAAGUUAACAACGUCACCAAAGUCGUAGACAACCCAAGCUUUUUCAUGUUUUUCAAGUCUCAUGACGGAGAUGAAGAAAUUGAUGAGGAAGAAAGCGACGAAGAAGGAUUCAUGAACGAUCCUCUUGGAGAAGACUAUGAACUGGGGAUGGAAAUAAGAGAUGAAAUCAUACCAAACGCUGCUUUGUUUUACCUCAAUGUGAGGCAUGAAGAAGACAAAAGUGAUGAUGAAGAAGGGCAUGCACAUGCAGCAAAAAUUGACGCUUCUGGAGCUGAUAAGCCAGAGUGCAAGCAGCAAUAA